CCUUGAAAUAUUGAUUUAGAAGCACGAACCGUGAAAUAGAUUCUACCCUCAUAUUGAUUAUUUCAGGGACAUUUUAGUUUCGCGUAGAGUUGGCACUUGACACACUUCAAUGACAUUUUUCUCUUAAUUUAUGUCUACAAAAAAGGCAAAAGAUGCAAUUCCAAAACGAACACUUGCUCCAACUCGAACGAAAAAGCCGACAGAAACGCCGAAAAAAGAAACUAUUAAAAUAAAAACCACGUCAAGGCUACCAAAGAAAGAAGAAGAUGAAGACAAAACCAAAACUAAACGAAUUAAACCAACACCAACCAAAAAAACAACGAGUUCUAUGCGAGCACCUGCCACGCCACCAAGUAGUCGAGUCACUAAAUCGCAGUUUUUUCCCAGCAAAAAAAUGUACUCUAAUGCACUCAAAAAAGUACCAAAUGACGUGUCCCCAGAGACUAGUUCCAUGUCGGAAAGGCCCAGAACGGCCACUUUGCGUAAAGGUAGCAUCGUUAAUAAGAAUAUAGUAGGACCAGAUGCGCCCAAAAUCAAGCUGGAGGAACCAUCCGUGGAAUAUGAGGACGAUUUUGAUUCGUAUGAAUCGGAUUUUGAAGAGUACGACUCGACUGAUUCAAACCUUUCAACUAGUACUACCUCUGAAAGUACCGAAAGUGUUGGGCAAACAUCGGGCACCAAACGAGUGAACUCAGCUGGAACCGACGAUGAGAAGAAGUUAGAUUCGGGCAACUACGAGUUGCCCGAGCCCAGGCAUCGCCAAAUUUUGGACAACAUCAAAGAAUCAAUCGAGAAGGAAAAUGCAAACUUUGCGAACAAUUUGGGUUCUCUGUCGGACGAGGGGUUCGAGGACGGGAAAUCGUUGCAGUUCAUUAAUUUUCUGGGGGCGCAACGAAAGUACCAACAUCGCAAAAGCGUGGAACUGAGACGUAAACGAGGCGAAGAAAUUCUGAGUAUGAUCCGACUCGAUCAUUACAGUUUCACACUAUUUGAGCUAUCUCCGGUACCUUACGACAUUUUUAUCAAAUACUACGGAAAAAGCAACACCAUACAAGCAUCUGUACAAACCGGUGAUCACACAGAUGAAGAAACACAAACUGAUCAAAUAACGCAUCAAAAUAAGUGGACGCAAUUCCCUCCGUGCUUCACCAAAAUUGAAGACGAGGAACCUUUCUGGGAGCGCUACAAGUGUGAUUAUUUGGGCGUCGGGGGGGACGACCUCACUACACAAAAAUUACAAAAUUGUUACAACGAAACUAGCCUUGAGACAUUUUUAUUAAGGGCAGGGGGGCUGAUUUUAAAUCUGCAAAUGGAAGCCAACAUGAGGACAAACGUCGAAACCAACAAAAAUAACAUUCCGUUCAGCAAGGGCCAGAUUACGUGUGACACCACAAAGCUUGAUUUUUUGAAAAACCGUCCACUCAAUGAUGUUUGUUUUUGUGCAAACAAUUCGACGAAAAUUUUGACCGUUCACGGUCCACAACACUCUUCAAAUAGCUUUGUUUGUUUAUGGAAUAUUUCCGAUGUUAGUAAGCCUGAGACAGUGUUGGUGGCUUUUGGGCACGUUUUGUGUUGUACUUGUUGUUUUGAGUGUCCGAAUUUGAUUCUGGGGGGGCUCAAGGACGGGACACUGGUCGUAUGGGAUGUGAAGGAAAGUUCGAAAAGUCACGAAAAUGUUUGUGGGGAAAUGGUCGAAAAUUUAUUAGCGCGGAGCCCAACUUAUUCGACUGAAAUAAAUCACGGACACUCGUCUAGAGUAAUUUCGGUUCAAUCUUUGUCGCGGAAAGAGUCCGAAAUUGAUGUGUUUCAAGCCCAUGGAGCAACUGAAGUUUGUAGUUUGGACGAGGAUGGGGAAGUUAUAGUCUGGAGUGUUAUUUCGAAAGAGGAGAGUCGUGGCAGAAUUGUCGAAAAGCAAGGCUUGGCUCAUUGGGGUUCUGUGAUAAUUACCAUCAACGUCCAGAUUUCGCUGAAAAAGUUGUAUCCCGAAAUCGGCGAUUUUAACUGCACUGAUCUAGCGUUGAGUCAUUUCGACUCGAAUAAUUUAUACAUUUCGACCAAUCAUGGUCACAUUAUUCACUGUUUGACGAGUGGGGGUAAAAGCGGUGUUAAAAAAUUUCUUGGCGACUCUCAAGCCAAUUGCCUUGAAAUGUGCCCUUUUUCGUCGCAAUAUUUCGUCGCGGGAUUCAAUAACGGGAAUUUAAAUUUCUACUCGACUGUAAUCGAGCGACCUUUGAUGGUACUGUUCAAUAAAGAAACGGCGGAAAGUCGGACCAAAGUCGAAAUUAUCCAAUGGUCCCACAACCGGCCGUUUAUUUUUUACACGAAAGAUAUAGCAAACACUGUUCAUGUGUGGAAUUUGAAGGCGAGUGAUAUGUUUCCCGUUUAUUCGAUUCCUUUCAAGGAAAAUAUUGUGCGCAUGAAACUGUCCACAAUUACAAGUGAUGAAAGUGUUCCUGAACAAACGUAUAUGAUCAUUGCCACUGAGAAAGGUUCAGUCUACGUCCAUCUACUGAGCGAGGACUAUGACCAACAACCUGUCGAUGAUUUCGUAAAGGACAAAAAGAAAUUUUUAAGUUAUAUUGAUAGAUAUGUUUAAAUUAUGAAAUAAAACUUGUUUAUUCUUG